UCUCUUAUCCCUCUUCUGCAACUAUCUGGACUGCAAAUAACAUCAAGAAAACACCCUCUUGAGGCAGAAGCCAUAUCAAAAGAGUUUAACACAAAACAGAAUUAUUUGUUUGUCCAAAUUCUUACACCACCACACUGAAACAUGGGAUGUUCAUUCAAGCCAUUGCCUGCUGCCUUCACCAACCAACCACUGCUCACUAAAAUUGCCAAGAAACCUUCAAUUUCCUCUGCCUUGAAUGCCAAACCGCCAAAAAAGGAUUUGUACUUCAACCAUGAUGGUUCUGCCACUCAAAAACUAUUGGCAGGGGUGAAUAAGGUUGCAGAGCUUAUUGGAGUGACAAUGGGGCCUAAGGGGAGAAAUGUGGUGUUGCAGAACAAAUAUGGACCUCCCAAGAUUGUCAACGAUGGUGAAACUGUGCUUAAACAGAUUGAGCUGGAUGAUCCUCUAGAAAACGUUGGAGUGAAACUGGUGAGGCAAGCUGGCGCUAGAACGAAUGAUCUUGCUGGUGAUGGUUGCACGACGUCCAUAGUUCUAGCACGAGGCCUCAUUGCAGAGGGUGUUAAGGUCGUUGCAGCCGGCUUGAAUCCGGUUCAGGUUUCGCGAGGGAUUGAGAAAACAGCAAGAGCCCUUGUUGCUGAACUCAAAUUGAUGUCUAAAGAGGUUGAGGACCAUGAACUUGCACAUGUUGCUGCUGUGAGUGCUGGGAAUGACUACGCUGUCGGAGACAUGAUUGCUGAUGCUCUUCGCCAAGUAGGACGAGAGGGUGUCGUCACCAUUGAGAAAGGGAACUAUGCGGAGAGCAAGCUAGUGAUAGUCGAGGGGAUGCAAUUUGAUCGUGGCUACAUGUCUCCUUAUUUUGUCACUGAUCGACGGAAGAGGAUAGUAGAGUUUCAUGACUGCAAAUUGCUGUUGGUAGACAAGAAGAUCACACAUCCAAAGGAGCUGUUCAAGAUUCUUGACAAUGCAGUGAAGGAAAAGUACCCGAUUCUCAUUGUUGCAGAGGGGAUCGAGCAGGAAGCUCUGACUCCGGUCAUCAGGAACAAGCUGAGAGGGGUGCUCAAGGCAGCAGCCAUCAAGGCUCCUGCCUUUGGCGAGCGCAAGAGCCACUGCUUGGAUGACCUUGCUGUCUUAACCGGAGGCACUGUGAUUAGAGACGAGAUGGGGUUCACGCUUGAAAAUGCACGCGUAGAUAUGCUGGGAUCUGCUUCAAAAGUCACAAUAACUAAGGAUUCAACCUUGAUAGUGACUGAUGGAGCCACUAAUGAAGCCAUGAAGGAAAGAGUAAGGCAGCUGCAGCGGCUCGUGGAGAACACUAGUGAAGAGUUUCAAAAGAAGAUUAUAAAGGAACGAAUAGCCCGAUUAUCAGGCAGCAUAGCACUGCUUCAGGUUGGAGCUCAAACAGUCGUCGAGUUGAAGGACAAACAGCUGAGAGUUGAAGAUGCAGUGAAUGCAACAAAGGCUGCGGUUGAGGAAGGCGUAGUCGUUGGUGGUGGCUGCUGCUUGUUAAGGCUCUCCACAAAGAUUGAUAAAAUCAGAGAGCAAUUAGACAAUGAAGAGCAAAAAAUUGGAGCUGACAUUUUCAAGAAAGCAUUGUCUUAUCCUGCAAGACAGAUUGCCAAAAACGCGGGUGUAAACGGAAACACUGUCACCAGCAAGAUUCUAUCGUCGGAUGAUGUGAGAUUCGGGUACAAUGCUGCAAGCAACACGUACGAAGAUCUCAUGGCUGCCGGCAUCCUAGACCCUUCAAAGGUUGUGAGGUGUUGCUUAGAGAAUGCUGCAUCGGUUGCAAAGACGUUCUUGAUAGCCGAUGCGGUUGUCGUUCAAAUCAAAGAGCCAUUUACGCCGAGAAUGAUGAGAAAACCAAAACCAAUGCCAACCUCAGGUGUUGGACCCUUUAGCCAGUUCAUGAACAAAGGAUGAGCCUUACACAAGAUUGUGAUGCUGAAGAACUUAUCAUCCAAAUUCCUUAUUUUUUCACUACAAUUUUUUGCUUAUCAAACACUACAUAUAUUGCUCACCAAUAUUUUGGAUAUAUUUGUCUCUUUCUCCACCA